AUGGCGCCCUACUUCUGGCUGCUUGACAAGUACGGUGUGCGGCCUGCCAUUCUGACCAUGGCCGGCACCAUGGCACUGGGCACUGCUGUGCGCUGUGUAUCAUCUGAACAAGGCGUCUUCACGGCCACCGCCUUCAUCGGAGCCAUUCUUAACGGCAUCGCCGGCAUCAUGGCCAUGGCGGCGCCGCCCCACAUCUCGGCGCUGUGGUUCCCGCCCGAGCAGCGCACCACGGCCACUGGCCUGCCCAACAUCGCCAACCAGCUGGGCGGCAGCUGCGCCUUCCUCAUCGGGCCGCUGAUCGUGCGGCAGCCAGGGGGUGCCGACCCGGCCGCGGACUUAGACGCCGCCCGCAGCGAUAUCAUGAUUCUGAUGUACGUGGAGGCGGGCAUCACGGCCGCCCUGUUCCUGGCGGCGCUCGCCGCCGCCGCGCCCACCGCGUCGUUCUGGAGCGGGCUGCGGCAGGCCACGAAAGCUCCAGACCUGCCCUGGGUAGUAGCCGUGUACAGCAUUUCGCAGGGCAUCCAGGCAGCCUACUUCGGGGUCCUCAACAUCAAUGUUGGGCAGAUAGGCGUCACGCAGGAUCAAGCCGGCUGGCUAGGCUUCUGGACGGGCAUCAGCUGCUGCCUAUCGGCGCUGGUCGUGGCCCGCCUGACAGACAUCUUCCGGGGCCACAUGAAAGCCACCAUCAUUGGCCUCCUCACCUGUGCAGCCGCCUGCUUCGUUUGGCAGCUGGCGCUGAUCGCCGAGUGGCUGCCCUUUUCACUGUCAAUGCUCUACUGCUCGACGCUGCUGUCGAUUUCGUUCACAUAUUCUACGUCGCCGCUCCUCCUCGAGUACGCCGCCGAGCUGAGCUACCCCGUGUCCACGGAUGUCAUCGGCGCCAUCAUGAGCUUCUGCUACGAUUCGGUGGCGGUGCUCUAUCUGCUGUUGUUCCUCAUCAAGCCACUCAGUGAGAACACGCUGUGGCUCAACUAUGUGUUGGUGCUGUCGUGCACGGUGCCGGCGAUUCUGAUGUUCAAAACCAAGGAAGUGUACCGGAGAACGAAUACAGACCUGGGGCACAUCAGCACUGACGCCGCCACUGGGACUGAACAGCAAGUUGGCAAAGAUGGAGACCUGUCUGGACCACAGUCGGAUGCUCAGAAAAGCACAGAAAAUGGCCGCAUUGAGUCAUCGGGACGGACCCAUGCCGCGGAUACCAUCGACAGGGCAGCAGCACUCAGGACGUACCGGAGACGCUGGUAUAUUCUUCUGGUGUACUCGGCGCUAAGCUUCUCCCAGUGCGCCAUAUGGAACACAUUCGGGCCCAUCACUAAAGCUGCACAGGCAGCCUUCCCCAAAUGGAACAACACCAUCAUUUCGAUGCUGGGCGACAUGGCUUGUCUGGCCUUUGCAGUGUUCAUGGCGCCCUACUGCUGGCUGCUUGACAAGUACGGCGUGCGGCCUGCCAUUCUGACCAUGGCCGGUGCCAUGACGCUUGGCACGGCUGUCCGAUGUGUAUCAUCUGAACAAGGCGUCUUCACGGCCACCGCCUUCACCGCCGCCAUCCUUAACGGCAUCGCCGGCAUCAUGGCCAUGGCGGUGCCGCCCCAUAUCUCGGCGCUAUGGUUCCCAACCGAGCAGCGGACCACGGCCACUGGCCUAUCCAGCAUCGCCAACCGGUUGGGGGGCAGCGGCGCCUUCCUCAUCGGGCCGCUGAUCGUGCGACAGCCGGACGGCGUCAACACUGACGCCACCAGGGAUGACGUCAUGACGUUAAUGUACGUGGAGGCGGGGUUUCUGGCCGCCCUGUUCCUGGCGGCGCUCGCGUACUACCCGUCUCGGCCGCCGCUGCCGCCAUCAGCUAGCGCCGCCGCGCCCACCGCGUCGUUCUGGAGCGGGCUGCGGCAGGCGGCGAAAGCUCCUGACCUGCCGUGGGUGGUAGCCGUGUACAGCCUCUCACUCGGCGUUCCGGCGGCCUACUUCGGAGUGCUGGAUAUCAAUGUUGGGCAGAUAGGCGUCACCCAAGACGAGGCCGGCUGGCUAGGCUUCUGGGCGGGCAUAAGUUCUUCUCUGUCGGCGCUUGUCGUGGCCCGUCUGACAGACAUGUUCCGGGGCCACAUGAAAGCCACCAUCAUUGGCCUCCUCACCUGUGCAGCCGCCUGCUUUGUUUGGCAGCUGGCGCUGAUCGCCGAGUGGCUGCCCUUUUCACUGUCAAUGCUCUACUGCUCGACGCUGCUGUCGAUUUCGUUCGCGUAUUCUACGUCGCCGCUCCUCCUCGAGUACGCCGCCGAGCUGAGCUACCCCGUGUCCACGGACGUCAUCGGCGCCAUCAUAAGCUUUUGCUUCAACCUGGUGUCUGCGCUCUAUCUCGUCCUGUUUCUCAUCAAGCCGCUCAGCGAGAAUACGGUGUGGCUUAAUUACAUCCUGGUGUUCUCGUGCGCAAUGCCAGUAGUUCUCAUGAUCAAAACGAAGGAAGUAUACCGGCGCACAAACACAGACAUGGGACUCGAAAAUACUCAAUCGGUUACUCCGACGGAACAGCAAGCUAGACCGGACAGGAGUGCAAGCCAGGAAACUAAGUUGACCAACAGGCAAAACGAGUGUUACGUCAACGACAUAAUUGAAACGUAAGGUUCGGCAUUUUCA